AUGCAGCAAUACGGCCAGUUGCAGACAUCGAUGCAGCAAUACGGCCAGUUGCAGACAUCGAUGCAGCAAUACGGCCAGUUGCAGACAUCGAUGCAGCAAUACGGCCAGUUGCAGACAUCGAUGCAGCAAUACGGCCAGUUGCAGACAUCGAUGCAGCAAUACGGCCAGUUGCAGACAUCGAUGCAGCAAUACGGCCAGUUGCAGACAUCGAUGCAGCAAUACGGCCAGUUGCAGACAUCGAUGCAGCAAUACGGCCAGUUGCAGACAUCGAUGCAGCAAUACGGCCAGUUGCAGACAUCGAUGCAGCAAUACGGCCAGUUGCAGACAUCGAUGCAGCAAUACGGCCAGUUGCAGACAUCGAUGCAGCAAUACGGCCAGUUGCAGACAUCGAUGCAGCAAUACGGCCAGUUGCAGACAUCGAUGCAGCAAUACGGCCAGUUGCAGACAUCAAUGCAGCAAUACGGCCAGUUGCAGACAUCGAUGCAGCAAUACGGCCAGUUGCAGACAUCGAUGCAGCAGUGUGACAAGCCGCGCCUUUUCGUGCAGCUUCCCCACCCAGACAUGAGUUUACUUCAUGGACAGCAAGCACCGAGCCAGGAAGAGAUAGUGUAUCUAUUUGUAUUUCCUUGUUGCUGA